AUGUCUGAACGUUUCGCUCCCAAAGUACCAGUCCAGCUGGACCCGCCAAAGGACGACCCCAUUUCUACCGAGGAAUUGGCCAAGUGCGACGGUUCCGAUUCCAGCCGCCCAACCCUGGUAGCCAUCAAAGGCACCGUCUUCGACGUCACCCGUAACGCUGCCUACGGCGCGACGGGCCAAUAUCGCGUUUUCGUCGGAAAGGAUGCCUCGCGUGCUCUGGCCAAGUCCUCGCUGAAGCCCGAGGAUUGCGUACCGGAGUGGUAUGAUUUGGAUGAGAAGGAGAAGACGACGCUGGAUGAGUGGUACACUUUCUUCAGCAAGCGGUAUAACAUCGUUGGCAAGGUUGAGGGUGCGAAGAACCUUUGA